AUGAACUGCCAGGCGCAACAACAACGGAGCCGCCGACGCGUGGUGAGGAGCGUUCUGCCCGCUGCGCUAGCCCGACGCGAACGCGAGCGGCGCGAGGAGCGCUACGCGGGCAGCAAGUGGGGCGCAGCACCCGCGGCGGCCGCUCUGCCCCCACCGCCGACCCACUGGCGUCGCGAGGGCCGCUGCCGACCCGAGCCCGACCGCGCGCUUCCACUCAAGCUGCUGCUCAACGUCAGCGUAUCGGCGUAA